UUCUAGAAGUAGUCCAGACAACACGAACUAAACAGUCAAAAUGGCGUGGCAAUUAGUCUUACUGACUUUACUGAGUCUUGGAGCUGUUAAUUAUGCCAACCUAGAUUGUGUUUUGGACUUCCAAAACGACUUUGAUACCUCAAACCCGCUUCCAAUAAUCUUAAGGGAUAAUAAAUUAUUGAACCCGGACCCAAACACCUGCAGUGUCGUUUUGCCUGAGGGUUCAAAAAUUCUUAUUGGCUGCCCUGGGGAUACAAAUAGUAUCAUGUACAUGCAACCACAUGGAAGAAUCGAUACUGGGUUAAAGCAACUGGAAGCAUCUUGUAACGGUGGUAGUAACUUUAUAUCUGGCAACAGUUUACUAGACAGCUUCGCUUUAAAGGAAAUAUCUUGUAAAGAACAACCCAAAGUAACGGUUCGAAAAACGACGAAAUGUGGCAAAGAUAAUCAACAUCAAACUUACCAAUGCGGAUAUACUAUUGGAAACGUAUUUGUCUGGGCUUUCGAGUCUUGUUACGAUGAGAGGCUUUACAUCCCGUCUCAUGUAAAAUACGAGAUCAGGCCGCAUACUUGCACUCCUGCACCAACUGCUCCAUCAGGAAAUAUUCUAACUGGACUAUGUAAGUCUCUUGUGCUCACACAAAUGCACCUUUGAAUAUACCAUCUUUAU